AGGCAGAACCUGCCUUUUGCCUUGAACAGGGCUGGUGCGUCCGCAGUCAACAAUGCACCUGUAUUUCUGCCACACCUGGUUGUGCAAUGCCACGUCUAAGGGCCGUUGAGCAGCGAAAGCGGAAACACCUCCGCUCCGGCUGGGGACGCUCAGACCCACCCACCGAGAGACUCCCAGUCGGUUGGCAGCCCCACGGCCGGCCCAGCCUGGGCCUCUGCGCGGGGCUGCGCGGGGCCGCCCCUUCCUCUGUGCUCCACCACCUUGGGGUCGGGGAGGCCAGGCAGCAGCCAGGCAGCCAUGGCGGAGCCUGAGGCUGCGCCAGACGACCUGGACGCCCUCAUCGGGGACAUGGACUACCUCCCUGGCCACUUCCACCUGGAGAUGCAGCUCAACUUCGAGCCGUGCUCACCGGCCCCGCUGCGCGCCCGGGACCUGCAGCUCCAGCGCGAAGGCGCGCGGAGGGAGCUGGAGCUGGCCACCGGCCCGCAGCGGCCCGCGGUGCAGCACCUCCUUGGCGUCUUCGCCUUCUACCUGGAGGAACUGGACGAGGCCCGCGAGCGCUUCCUCGAGGUGGCCCGCGAGGACCCGGGUAACCUCAACGCCUGGGCCAACCUGACACACGUGUAUGGCCGACUGGGACAAGAGCAAGAGGAGGAGGCGUGUGCCGCACGACUGGCCGGUCUCAUGGGUCUGGACGAGAACCCCGAGGCCAGCGGGGCCGAGGCUCUGCGGGCCGCGCGCUGCCUGGCUGAGCAGGGCUACGCGCACGGCUUCGAUGUGGGCUGCGCCAGCCUGCAGGAGCGCGCCCGCGUGCUGGUGGCCGGCCUCGCACUCUACGACAAGGCGCUGGGCUAUGGGCAGCAGAUCCCUGCGGAGGAGAAAAGGGGCUGGUACUUCACCAUGGCAACGCUCUUCAUCAGGCUGGACAGCAUCUUCCUGGAGCUGGGCGGCGAGGAGCAGAAGAGGCUUCCUGCCUUCAACCGCACGCUGGCUCUGCUCCAGCAAGUGCUCAAGGCUUCCAACCCCGGCCAGCGAGCUCUGGCCUGGUGCUAUCUCGGGAUGCUGCUGGAGAGAAAGGACACCUUCUCCACCACCCCCAUGGGCAUCCACGACUGUGGGUACUCAGGCACCGACCCCCUGGACUGCUUUGGCAAGGCCAUCGAGAUUGCCAAGGACCGACCUCUCAUCCUCAAUCGCCUGGCCAAAAUCUUCCACUUCCUAGGAAAGCAGGACAUGGCCAUUGGAACCUGUAACAUGGCCCUGGACGUCCUAGGAGAUCCAGAGCUCAACUGGCAGGCAUACUGCACAAGGGCCAAGAUCCACACCACAGCCUACCUGCAUGACCUGGAGCGGGCCAAGGCAGGGCUCGGAGGCAUGCCUGACAGGAGCCACCUGGCCCACGCUAAGGCUGACCUCGAGCAAGUGGUCAGAGUGUGCCCAGGGCUCAGGACCUACCUAGACAUUGGCCAGGUCUACUACUACAUGGGUGUGGACGCCGUGCAGGAGCUGCUGGCGGUGGACGAGGCAGCCCUAAACCAGGCCCUGGUCUUCCUAGCCAAGGCCGGCGAGUCGGAGCUGGGCGCCGCGCUACCAGAGCUGCAGCUGCUGCGUGGCAAGUGCCUGCGCAUCAAAGGUGAGGACGCCAACGCGGCGGCCUGCUUCAAGCGCGCCGUGGAGCUGGACGACGCAGGCUCCAGCCGCCCCGAGGGCUUCGGCUGCCUGCUCGAGGCGCUGCUGGCACAGUGGAGCCAGGCGCAGAUGAGCGACGGCGAGCUGGGCUGCGAGGUGGACGCCUGGCUGCGCCGCGCCCAGGGCAAGUACCCCGCUGCCAGCCUGCGCCAGGAGCUGCAGCGCGUGUGGCGCGGCCACACCGGAGAGGUGCUGGGGAUGGCCCGCGCCUUGGUGGCACAGGGGCGGCUGGCGCUGGUGCGGCUGCUGUUCGAGACCAUGGAGCUCGCACGAGAUGGCGCAGGGGAACAGCGAGGCCGCCGGGCCUGCUCGGUGUGAGCCGCUAGCCCGGAGGCCAGACCCCGCCCCCCGCCGGCGAGGCCCCGCCCCGUGCCUCAGGUGAUUGGGCCCGCCCUGCCAUCGGCUUGUAAGCGGAGCCAAUCAGAUUGUUUUUCAGGAAUUGUGAAUGGGGACUUUGAAACCUUGGCACUCCAAAGGCCAAAUGUGGCCGAAGGACCUGAUUCCAGAUGGCAAAGGACUCUGGAAACCGGCACGAGGCCACUAGAAAACUGACAGGGGAGGGACAGAAUUAAGAUGACUGCGAGUCUGCUGAGAGGAACAGAAGAGGGUUGCCUCGGUCAUAGCGGUUUUCUAGUCCCUGCGCCCACAUUCCUGCCUUUGCAUUCUCAGAGCCAAGCUCUGUUGAGCCCUGGAGAGCAGGGUGGGGCUGGGUACCCAGGCCCGCUCCUACCUGUUUUCCUGCGGGCCUCAUUUCCAUCAGCAUGGCCUGAAAAGACUUCCACAGUCCUUAAAAUAAAGCCCACCCACAGAACCUCUA